AAACAAGUCCACGCCGUCGGCCUACUUUUCCUCGCGUAGAGAGCGCCGGUUUGCAGUCUGCUGCUGCUCUGCCUGUGUGCCAAUGCGCAUGCAGUCUGCGCCGUGGGAUAGGUCUCCCCAAAUUGAGGCUGCGCUCCGAUUAACGACCAUGCGAUUGAAUGACGAGCGUGCCAUGCUCGUCUUCCUCCUCCUCUGCUCUGCGCGAUCGGUGGCUCUGUGUUCCGCAAUCCCCCGGGGUCCCGCACCGCCCUCGAUGGCUCUGCUAUCGCCGUUCCGCUCGCACUAAAUGGCUGCCUGGAGCGAGGAAACACGGGGGCAGAAAGCGCCGCGUGCCAUCCUCUGACUGAACCAACGCCGCGCAUCAGCUUCCCGGCGAGGUGCAAAAACCCUUUGGUGCUGUGCGUAGGCGCACAAUGGCCCAGACCCUCCAGAUGGCGAUCCCAAACUUUGGCAACAAUGUUUUGGAGUGUCUGAACGAGCAGCGGCUGCAGGGCCUGUACUGUGACGUGUCCGUUGUGGUCAAGGGCCAUGCAUUCAAGGCUCAUCGAGCUGUUCUGGCAGCAAGUAGCUCCUAUUUCCGAGACCUUUUCAGCAGCAGCAGCAGCAGCAGCAAUGGUGCUGGUGGCAGCAGCAGUGAGAUAAACCCAACAGUGGUGGAGCUCCCCCCCGCUGUGCAGCCCCAGAGCUUCCAACAGAUUUUGUCUUUCUGCUACACGGGCCGUCUCAGCAUGACCGUGGGAGACCAGUUCCUCCUUAUGUAUACCGCUGGCUUCCUUCAAAUCCAGCAAAUCAUGGAAAAGGGGACGGAAUUCUUCCUCAAGGUGUCUUCCCCUAGUUGUGAUUCCCAGGGUCUCCAUGCAGAGGAGGCCCCGCCCUCGGAGCCCCAGAGCCCUGUCACACAGACCAGUAACGGUGCAGGCCGCCCCGCCUCCAGCCUGACACCUCUACCUCUGGUAUCUCGGGUGAAGACGGAACAGCCAGCCAGCCAGCCGGAGGCAGCUACUCCCUACUCUGUGGUUUGCACUCCCGUAGCCAAGCGCCUUUGGGAGGGGGGAAGCAGCCGAGAUGGUGGAGGGUUGGGUUCCAGCGGAGGAGGAGGAGCUAGAAAGACGGCCCGUUAUUCUCAGGAGGCUGCGCGAGGCAGUGCUAUCCAAAGCCCCGGAGCUCUGGGCCUUGCUAUGGGUAUGGGUGUCUCCACAACCAGUUUGGCGGGCAUGGUGGCCAGCGGGGCGAUGGGCGGCAGUGCCGGCACUAACGGGAGCUCCGCAGGGGCGCUUGGUUUGUCGGACGGCGCCAGCCCUGGAACCAUGAGUACAUACGCCAGUGACUCGCCCAUUAGCUACCACGACGACGAAGAAGAAGAGGAAGGAACAGAGGAGAGCGCUGAAGAGCACUAUAGACAAAUAUGUAACAUGUACACCAUGUACAGCAUGCUCAACAUGGGCGCAGCAGCAGCUGGGGAGCGUGUGGAAGCCCUGCCGGACCACACGGAAACGCGGGGGCGGAUGCGAGGCCGGGAUCUCACUUGUCUUCCUGCAGAACUCAUUGCUCAGAUUGGCAACCGCUGCCAUCCCAAACUGUACGAGGAAGGAGACCCUGCUGAGAAACUCGAGCUAGUCUCAGGCACCUCUGUGUACAUAUCGCGAGCCCAGCUCAUGAACUGUCACGUGAGCGCAGGAACCAGACACAAAGUUCUGCUCAGGAGGCUGCUGGCUGCCUUCUUUGACAGGAACACUUUGGCCAACAGCUGUGGAACCGGAAUCCGCUCGUCCACCAACGACCCGAGCCGCAAGCCUCUGGACAACAGAGUCCUCCACGCGGUCAAAUUUUAUUGCCAGAACUUCGCGACCAGCUUCAAAGAAAGCGAGAUGAACGCCAUCGCAGCAGACAUGUGCACUAACGCCCGGCGUGUGGUGCGGAAGAGCUGGAUACCCAAACUAAAGCUGCUGAUGGCCGAGAGUGACGCCUACUCCGCCUUCCUUCCCGACGGCGUCAAAACAGCGGAGGAUGCUCUGGGGGCGGAGACCAGCUUCGACCCCGCGGCACUGGAGGCCGCCAGCGGUGCCAGCGUAGAGUCGGGCGGCUCAUCGGGGGAAUCUCUACCGGGCGUGGGCGGUGAGGGGGGAGCACUGUUCUAAACGCCGAGCCCGGGGAACGGCAAAUACCAGUAAUCCCCAGCUGCGCUUGCCUCCUCACUCUUUCGCUGAUCUCUCACAUCUCGACUGCCUGUAGUGCACUGCUUAGAGCAACAGCUGCUGCUCUUAUAUAACCCGGACAUGAAAACUCACAUUUGUUGCUUUCUAUGACUCAUAAACGGAGUGCAAGGGGGGGCUGCCCCUCUCUUUGUCCUUCCAAGGUGUGCAAGUGCGCCCGCUCUUGCUUGAUAAAUACAUUCCCUGAGGGGGAGGUGGUGUGAGGAGCUAUCGGCAGCCCGAGGAAGAGGAAGGGGCUGGGAUCGGAGGUUUGAUGCACCUCAGAGUCAGUGGCAUUUCUCUCUAUGCAAGCCUGACGUGGUGUUUCCCAGCCUCGGGAAAAAUUCCAACAACAACAAAAAAAAGAGACAAUAUUCAAGCAACAUUAACACUACUUAUUCUUCCUCCCCUUGCAUCCCUCCCUGACACCCUGCAAGUGUUACUGUAUCCCCCCCUCAGCCCUCUCAAGACCCCUCAAAUGUUUCACUGUGCUGUAUCCUACAGAAUAAUGCCCAUCUCUGUUUUCUACUUUUUUUUGUUGUUUUUUUUUUUUGCAUGUUUUCUGUCUGAGAUGUGAAAAGUGAGAGGAACAAAGCUUUUUACCAAGAUGAUUGUAAAGAAGGGGCUACAGGUUAUCAAAAAAGGUUGUAUUUUUAGAAGACAAACUAUAUUUAUACCAGUACCCAUGCCGAAGACGGCGUGAGCACAGAGCGCGAGAGGGAUUGUUUUAAAAUCUCACCGUUGGGCUUUUCUUUAAAGAGCUCUUGUUUAAUAAAUGAAAGGAAAAGCGCUAUUUUUGCAGGAGUGUAACAAAGCGGCCUCAUCAUAGGAGCCUGUGGGUUUAUUUUUAUCUUUCUUUCAUAGUGAUGGAAUGAGCAGUGGAACUGCUAUAUUUGAUGCAUUUCAUCCUCUGCUGGCUAGCUUAAAAGCAAGAGUCAGACAGAUUUUGGGGGUUUGUCUGGGAUCACUUUUUCUUUAAAGGUUAGGGAGCUUCAGAAUCUUUGAGCAGAACACUGGCUUGCAAAUUUGAAUGAAUACUUGUAGAAACAUUAAGGUUCUAUGUAUUCAAGAACUCAACCUGCGUUUGUACAGAAAUCAUAAAUAAAUUUAAAAAAAGAAAAAUUAAGGAUUAAUGAACAAUGGAAUGUGCCUUUUAAAUUGAGAUUUCAAACAAAGCCGAAGCCAGUGAGGGCAGUGGCAUCUGAAGAUAUUACUUGAAGAAAACUGAUUUUAUGCUACUAUCUGUAAGCGCCUGCGUAGGGGAGGCGAGUCUGUGUCGAGCAGAUGUCUGAGUUGCCCAUCUGUCUGUUUGCGAAUGGCCUUUUCUUUUCUUUUUUUUCUCUCCUUUGGAUUUGAAAAUGGAUUUUUUUGCACCUUCCAUUAGCAGUAGAGUCGUGGCUUCUGCACCUUAAACGAGAAGAACCAGAGGUUCGUGCACCUUUCGAGAGACAUUGUGUAGCAAUCAAACCUGUUAAGAUGGAGCUUUGUUUGUGGUAAAUGUAAAUAUCCCAAGACGACUGAGGUUAUUCCCAAGUGUUCUUCCUUUCUGUCGCCGUAUUAUUGUUUUUUUUUUUUAAACGCAUAGUGGCCUGUGGGUCAGCAGUGGUUCGUGUAGCAGUUGGAAUAAAGUGGACGGAUUGGACGUAAAAUGUUCAAAAGAACAACUGAAUAGAUUUUCCUUGAUAAUGAGGUCCUGCUUUCCUAAGAAAGACUGAAGGAAUCGAUGCUUCCCUUUCAAUGUGAUAUCUUCUAUAAAAUGCUUUUUUUCCUGGCUGAACACAUAUUUCAAAGCAUGAUACAUGUGCUAAAACUCCAUUCUGAAAGGCUUUACUGACUUGUGUAUUUUCAGAACAAAGAUGAAGUACCUGUUGUUAAUCUUAAAGAAGCUGGUAACCCACCAAAUCAGCUUUAGUGGGGCUUGGAACAGCCUCAUCAGAACUCAAAUUCCGAAAUUCCCCUGUAACUUUGUCAAUAAAUACUGAUUCACACUACAAGCUCAAAACACUGAUUCAGUGCCUCUUUUUCCAUAAGGUUGGAGGUGUCAGUGUGGUACGUCUGAAUGCUCAGCCUUCAGGUUGCUCAGAUCUUACGUGCACAUGAAUUCAUAUUUAUUGUGUGUAUGAGCGGCAGCCGUGUUUUAUUUGUGCUUGUUUGGGAACUUUAGUGCUUUUUUUUAGUUCCAGCUCAUUUCUUUUAUGUACUCCGUUUACUAUAAAGAAACAAACUAGACCUUCACACACUUGAAUGGAAAAGGUGUGGCACAGUAUGAGGAGUCUUUAUUUUGUCACUAAGCAGUACAUAUAUAAAUAUAUAUAUGUAAAGAUAAAUACUGUAUAUUAUAUAUAGAGACACAGAUGGAAUUGUUUGUUGUGCACUCGCAGCAUGACAUAUAUUUACCCAGAAACACAGCUUUCCUCACAACCUGGAAGUAACCAGUCUUGCCAACUUUCCAAGCCCCUGCUCUUUGGCCUCUGUAACCCUGUAGCGCCAGUGGACCUCGUGUACUGCUCAUCCUUCUUUCUGUGUUCCAAGUGCCAAUAACUUUGUGAAAGCCCUGUAACUGUGACCCAACAUUAUCCAAGGUAAUUGCACAUUAAUAUGAAACUGACUGUAAAAUAAAGACAUGCAAAUCAUAGAGAAAACGUCGACAUGGAUCAAUUAAUGAAUAUCUCAAUAAAACAUUUGUAACAAUUUC